AUGAAUCCGAAAUGGUUUUGGUAUCACAGGAACUAUUUGAUCAUCAUCUUGACUCCGAUCCUGCUGUUGCCGCUGCCUCUGGUCAUCCCAACAUCCGAGGCGAGAUGUGGGUACGUGAUCAUCCUGAUGGCGCUGUACUGGUGCACAGAGUGUCUCCCGUUAGCGGUGACGGCGCUGCUGCCCGUCGUCCUGUUCCCGAUGAUGAACAUAAUGCAGGCCGAGAAGGUGAGCAUCGAGUACCUGAAGGACUCUAACAUGCUCUUCAUCGGGGGGCUGCUGGUGGCCAUUGCUGUGGAGCACUGGAACCUCCACAAACGCAUCGCCCUCAGAGUCCUCCUGCUGGUGGGAGUCCGCCCUGCACUGUUGAUGAUGGGCUUCAUGCUGGUGUCCGCCUUCCUCUCCAUGUGGAUCAGUAACACUGCCUCCACGGCCAUGAUGCUGCCCAUUGCGCACGCCGUCUUGCAGCAGCUCAGAGCCACAGAGGCGCGGGCCGACGACAUGGAGGAGUGCCCACAAACAGAGGACAAUCCGGCGUUCGAGCUUCAGGAACCGAGAACCAAUGGAGCAGUGACCAAGAAACAACUUGACGUGAUUCAAGAGGAGGAGAGAGGCAGUGAGUGA